GAAGCGAUAGCACAGAGACAAGGGAACACGCCACGCCCUCUGCUGUGUUUUUUUGUAGCCCAUUCCCUCCAAAUCGAAGGGGAGGGGAGUGGGGAACUGCACUAGAAUCACUACUAGAUCGAUUGGGCAAGUGAGCUUCUAAGUAUCUCCAGCUCCCCACUCGAUCUCUCCUGUUCAGUUUUUCAAUGGCGAAGUUGUGCUGAACUCCUAAAUCUUUAUAUCACAAGAUACUGGAAGCAGCGUUCAUAGGGUUUCGGAAGUUUUUGGGAUCAUCCGAUGCUUUUACUUCGCAGAUACCUUGUGAGGAACGAUGAAUUUUCUUUUGCGACCUUCUCAACCUUCAGUUCCUGACCAACCCGCCGUUCAGGAACAUUCUCUUUCAAAGCCGGCAACAACUUUGGAGGGUCUUAUUGCUGAGGAUCCGUAUUCACCGUCUCCAUCAAAUGCAAAUGGUGAUGCAGAAAGUGAUGGAAUUUCUGGUGCAAGUGGUGGCCUUUCCAGUCCAAUUACAAAGCAUCAAUUUCCUAUUGUUGAGAAUCACUCUGAUGUUACUGAAGACGAAGGAUGGAUAAUUAUUCCAUACAAGGAACUUCCUGAUAAUUGGACCGAUGCGCCAGAUAUUCAUUCUCUUCGCUCUUUGAAUCGUUCCUUUGUUUUUCCUGGCGAACAGGUUCAUAUAUUAGCAUGCUUAUCAACAGCUAAGCAGGAUACAGAACUCAUAACACCAUUCAGGGUUGCUGCAGUAAUGAGUAAAAAUGGCAUCACUCGUAGCACUAAGCAGCAACAGGAAAGUACGGGAAUUGAAUCAAAUUCAGUUUCUGGAGAAGGGGAAGAAGAGAGUCCUAAUCGAAAUGUGGAGCAGAAUGGUGCAACCCUAUUAACUACCGAGAGGACUGAUCCACAAGGGGAUAUUUCUGCUAGUGAAUCUCUUCUUCGAAUUGAAGACCACAAAAAACAAACUGAAAAACUUUUAAGAAAAUUUAAGAACUCCCAUUUUUUUGUUAGGAUUGCGGAGUCAGAUGAACCACUUUGGUCAAAAAGAAGUGUACCAGAAUCUUCUUUAGAAUAUUCUGACACGGUUGGGGAGAAGUUAACUGCAACUGAUGCAGGAGCAAGAAAUGCUUCAAAAAAGGAUACUCAUAUUGAUCGAGGAAAUUUUGAUGCUAGUGUGUCUGGUGGGUUGGCUAGAGAUACUGUUAGAUGCUGCUCUCUUCCUAGUGGAGACAUAGUGGUGCUUUUAGGAGUCCAUGUUGGAGGGGAUCUUUUGAAGCAUCCCACACUUGAGGUUCUUCAGUUUGAGAAACAUCAAGAUAAAAAUGUAGCUUCUGAUAACGGGGACAACUUAAUUAACACAAAUCAGAAGGAUCCAUGUGGGGAGCUGCUAAAAUGGUUGCUUCCUUUGGAUCCUAGUCUUCCUCUUCCAGCUCAUCCAUUAACCCCUCCUCUGGGUAAUAAUACUUCUGGAUUUGGUAGCACAUCCCAGAAAUCCACACUUUCUGCUUCAUCUGGCUCCCAAAUAUUUUCUUUCAGUAACUUUAGAAGUUAUUCUAUGUCAUCGCUUCCUCCAAGUAAUGCUACACUAGCCUCUUCAGUUACAGCCUCCAUUCCCAAACCCACCUUUGACCUAGAAGACUGGGACCGUUUUUCACCCCAGAAGUUUAAGAAGAGUCAAGAAUCUGGGCUUGAGGGGAUUUUAUCUUUUCGUGGUGUACCAUUAGAACCAGAAAGAUUUUCUGUUCAUUGUGGAUUAGAGGGCAUCUACAUGCCAGGCAAGAGGUGGAGAAGAAAACUUGAAAUCAUUCAACCAGUAGAAAUCCAUUCUUUUGCUGCUGACUGCAACACAGAGGACCUCCUUUGUGUUCAGAUAAAGAAUGUUUCUCCAGCACAUACACCAGAUAUUGUGAUAUUUCUAGAUGCUAUAUCGAUUAUUUUUGAGGAGGCUCCAAAAGGUGGAACACCUAUGUCCUCACCAAUUUCUUGCAUUGAGGCUGGAAUUGAUCACAGUUUGCCAAAUCUUGCUCUCAGGUUGGUGGCCAUUCUAAGUACGAUAUGUAUAGUUGUCAGUUGAAAACCAUAUAUUUAU